AUGAAGGCUUCAGUGAUUUCACUGAUCCUUUUAGGAGGAACAGACGCUAGAAAACGUCACGAGAGACGGAGCAAAAACCACAGCCGUGCGCUUGCAAAUGAAGCUCAGAGAAUUUCACAGCUCAGUCCUCGAGUUCUUACUUCUUGUGUUCUCGAUCGGGCUUCAGACUUGGCUCUACUGGAGACCUUCCAGUUUCUUGAGCCAGAAAGUGGGAAGCGCGUCUAUUUCGGAACAGCGAUUGACCCGAUCCGUGGAAAUCCUCAAGCAGCAAAGAACUCCAUCGAAGGACACUUUGGCGAAGACGUAAUCAUGACUAGAUCGAAUGGGUACUGCGAUAAGGGAGCGUACAAGAGUUGGAACAAAUGUAACAUCAACGGAGAGUGCUUCGUCGAGUGCGAAGAUGGUCUCUGUCACGAUCAGCAUAAAAACGGGGAGCAGCGAAUCGUCAUUCCCAACGGCUGCCGAGACUGGUACCGCGCCUGUGCAACCGAAUGUGCCAACGAUUCCGAGUGCAACGCCUUCACAUUUCUCGACACAAACAUUCUCGGCCAUCCAGAGUACACUUGCCACUUCAUGAAAAGCCUCACAUGUAAACAUUCUGCGCAGAAUCUCAAUGAUCCGCGAUCUUCAUUCCAUGUCAAAGGCGCAUAUAUGGAAGGUCUCUUCGAAAAAUAUUCAGCAAAUAGCUUCGCAGAACUUGAUGCAAGCUUGUCGGUUGAUCCGGAUUUCAAAUACGGUCAUUGGAGCAGCUGGGGAUACCAUGAGUGCCGUCAAACUCCGGCUCCGGCUUGUGGAGAAGGCGUUAUAAAACGAUCUCGAGUGCUCGAAAGUGGCUCAACUGAACAUGAAAGUCGGCCUUGCAAUUACUCCAACGACGAUGGAGAGCUAAUCGUCUGCGAAGAUAUCACUAAUGGUGAGGGAGACGAGGAAGAUCCAGGACACGGAUGGACUUCUUGGGGCGAUUGGAGCACUUGCUCAAAGACUUGCGGCGGCACUGGCUUCCGAUCCCGCUUCAGAGCUUGUGGACAAUGCACUAACCCGGACGAAAAUGGACUUUGCAGCGAAGUUUCAUACGUUGAUGCAAUUCCUUUUGUCGGCGCAUCCCUAGAAUUCUGCCCAGAAGGCGGUGAAAUGGAAGAAGAAACAUGCCAACUUGGUCAAUGCUUGCCAGGAACUCACGGCCGAACCGGAUGGAAAAGAGCGGGACAACGCGAGUUCAAAAUCCGAAAUAUGUGGAACAUUGCUAAAACCGAGGGUUUCACAAGAACUCUUGAAGAUUGGGAAGGUGGCUGCAGAAAUAUUGACGAAGCCUACAAAGUGAUCAAUUUGGAUUCAUCUGCUCAAGAGCCUUCUUUCCACAAUCCAAGAUUCACAUUUGCUGAAUGUAUGAGAAUCUGCCAGUUGGAAGAGAAAGAUGAUUGCUUGUCGGUCAUGUUCUUCAAGUCUGAACGCGUUGGUGCUCCCGAUGUCAAGCGAUUUUACGGAAACGACGCAGAGGGAAAUCCACUUGAGGGAAAUUGCUAUCUUUUCAACAAACGAUGCCACGAAGAUGGCCAGCCUCGAGAUGCUGCCUACCUCCAAGCUCAGCGAGAAGAAAAAGAAGCUGCAGGUGAGACUUUUACUGGAAAAGCUGCAGCUUUCUCUUGGUACGCUUACAAGGAUCUUUGCCACGCUCCUAAAUCAGUCGCUCUGAAUCCAUGCAACAUGAUGGGAACUUAUUUCCGAGCUACUUGCGACUCAUCCGGCUCCAGAGGAUUUCCAAAUACAGACGUCUGCCGAUGCCCAACUUCCGGUGAUCGUCACACUGAAACCCGGGCUUUCGGUAACCCCUACGCUGCUGCCUGGAAAUACAACCCCGAACUUGGUGAAUUUCAAAAACGAACUCACAAUGCUGCUUUGGGCAAGGGACCAACAUUCUAUUCGAAAUUCAAGUACAGCAGAAGAGUUUUCGCAGGAAAGUCUUUGGAAGAAUAUGAAGAAAUCAUGAACGAGGGAUCAAUGGCCUGCCACAAUCCUUGCGAGCAUAAUCGAUGUGCCAGUGGCUCAGAAUGCAGGCUCAACUCAGAAGCUGAGUUUGGAUACGACUGCAUCUGUCAGUGGCCAACGGUGCCAGAUUCAAGCCGAUUUGGCGAAGGACUUUUACCACUCGGAAAAGCUGGUUAUGGAACGAAUAACGGUUGCAUUGCCGUUGAUCAACGUAACGUUGCGGCCGACUAUAAAGAUAAUCUGAUUUUGUACGGUGGUGGUUGGAACUCGCAACCUGUCCCAACUGGCCCUCUUCCGAAACCCCAUUAUCAAUAUUACGGUCUUGAAUCGGAGAGCCCGUACAAAUUCAAAGUCAUCCACGCUCCUCAAAAGAUUCCGGCCCCAUCUCCAUCUGCUCACAAGGCCAAGUUCUACAACUGCAUGAUGAACAUCGACGAAAACAAAGUCAUGGUUGUCGGUGGACGCCCAGGUCAAUUCUUCGACAUUUGGGACGACAAAACAUUCGUCUAUGAAUGGAAAAAGGGUGCCAACGGAAUCGAGGAUGAAGGUCAAUGGAUCGGCGCUGACGGUAGCUGGAUGAAUGAUACCAAAGAAAGCUGCGAGGGACUUUCUGGUUGCAUGCGACACAACGACUGGCCUGACUUCCCCUCUACUUCUGUUUUGAAUUGUGAAGGACAGUGCCGAGACGGCCAAAUGGGUAGAGGUCCUACCAAUCCUCGAUGGAUCAAUUCUUACUGCACGAUUGAUGCUGAUUUCUACGACGGAAGCAACUGGGUUAACCAGAAAUUCGAGCUUUGCCGACACCGACUCGUUCAAAGCGACGAUGGUAUUACCGUCGAAGGCCUCGAGGGACUCUGGUCAAGCGAAGAAAACACUGACUUUGAAGAACAGUGGGCACAGUAUAACUUGGCUAUUCGAAAGACAAUCACUUUCUACAGACAGACUCAGCUCCAUUCUCCCGACGUAGAAGAUGCGCUCUUCCAAACACAUCAGAUGUUCCAGGGCGAUUCGUAUUUGAUGACCGGAGAGCUCCGAUGGAAAUACCCAAUGGACUCGAGCCUCUACUCACCCAUCCUCGGCCCAGUUCACUAUCGAGAUAUUAUGCAGACCCAGGGCUUGCCGAAUACCAUCCGUCCCAUCUUCAGAGAGACUGUCAAGGAGUACCAUGGUCCAGGUCAACCUGCUUGUGGUAUGAUGGGCAACCGAGCGUACGUCGGUUCAGGAAAGUUCUCUCGUCUGAUGUCACUUGAUGUCACUGCCGCUACAGAGCAACUCUGGCGAGUCGAAGACGGUUCCGAGUUCCCUUACCCAUACAAAAAGUCUGAUGGUUCUCAAUGCCUCAUGUACAACGCCAAUGGAGCCGACUCUUCCCAAUGGACCAGAGAUCAGCUUCCCAACUACAGACAAAACUUCGGAACAGUAGUCACAAGCCAAGGAUUGUGGGUGAUCGGAGGUCUCAUGGCCCCAUCCGCUGAUUUGCCGGGACGAAACUUGAACAAGAAAUACAACGUUGAAGGUUGCACCAAACACUCGCACUUGAAAGACGUUUGGGUUUUCAAUCCAAAUGGAUGGACUCGAAACGACAUUCUCGGAGACGCUCGAUCGAAAUACUCUGGUUUUACCGGAAGUGAAAUUCUUCCGGAAAAAAUUGGAUAUCCAUUCGGAAACGGUAUUGAAUCGCGAAUCUCCACUUCACUCCCUCAGACCUUUGAAGAAUUCCAUCUCUCGGACACACCAAGCGGUCCGUUUGAUUUGUCCAUUGAUUCUGCUCUUGCUGAAGGAUGGGGAUGCACAGGUGUCCAAGGAAAGUGGUGUCGAAAGCCGUAUCUGCCCCGUGAAACAAAGGGAGCUGAGAGCUUUGUCAUGUGCUUUGAGCCUGGAACUGGAACCGAGGACUUUUCCUACGUCCGACGAGGCUCAAAAAAGACGAUUCCUCGACGACCACGAGUUUGUUCCGUUGAAGAAACUAAAAAUUCGGACAACCGAUGCAUCUGUUACAUCAUGAAUAUUUCCGGCCAAUCAGGACCAAAACAAACUCCUGGAGGAGCUGGCUUCCGGCCGGAAAUCGACUAUUUGGAAGUACCCAGAGCUGACGGAACUUAUGGUUCUGAUCAUGAAAGUUAUGCGGAUGAGUUGAAAGAAUACUGCCCAGGUGCUGAGCCAUCCUAUCCAGGGAUUGAUGAGCCAAUCAUCCACGGAAACGAAACCGCUGUUGCCGACUACUCCGAGUGCACACCAGUUUGCGACGUCGAAGGUGCUCCCGCUUGCAACCGAGUUUGGCACAAGAAAAAUCUUCGAUCCGCCUGGCACGAAGCCGGUCGAAUCAAACAUCCCAGAAUGGGCUUCCUCGCCGGACAGCUCAAGGGAGAGAUCAUCGUCUGGGGCGGAGAGUGCUACGGCCCUUCUAACACCCGUCAGUGGAACCUGGACGGAACUCUUCGUGCGACCAGAGUCGACUUCCAGCCAAGAUCGUGCAAAGUCGACGUUCAAGGCGGAAAGACUGUUAAUGAUGACUACAUGGAGGUCUUCUCAUUCUUGCGCAUGAACUCAGCCGGCUACAUCUUCGGUGAGCGUCGUUAUGUCGAAUUCGAUGGCUACGUCGACGGCCGAGCUGGUCACGGAGAAGCUGCAGUCGCCCAGGCUUUCAAUGCUUUCAACAAGGCAUUUUAA